UUUUUCUCUCUCUCUCUCUCUCUCUCUCUCUCUACACACGAGAUAUCUCUCUCUCUCUCUCUCUCUAGAACCAGAGGAAACCCCAGGCACAAUCCAUGGCACUAGCACGAGGAGCUUUCGCUCUCUACCUCUGCGUCCUUGCUCUACUGUCCUUACUCUCUCUCCUCCUUCUCUCUCUAUCCAAGCUCCUCUCAUGGUGCAACUGCAAAGUGUGCAGAACCUAUCUUACCAAAAGCUGGGUCUCUCAAUUCUCAAAUCUCUGUGAUUUUUACACCCAUCUGCUAAAAUCCUCAAAAACCCAAACCAUCAAAGUCCAUGUCCUGAACAAUAUCAUCACAGCCAACCCUAAAAACGUAGAACACAUUCUCAAAACCCAGUUUGAGAAUUACCCCAAAGGGAAGCCAUUUCACACGAUUCUCCAUGAUCUGUUGGGUCGAGGUAUCUUCAACGUUGAUGGAGAGCUGUGGAGAUUUCAGAGGAAGAUGGCGAGUUACGAGCUAGGGAGCCAGGCGGUUCGAGCCAUGGUGGCCAAAACGGUUCUAGCCGAGAUCGAGACCAGGCUCGAGCCCAUCUUAGCCGACUCGGUCUCUAAGGGAAGUAAGCUGGAUUUGCAGGACGUGUUAAAGAAGUUUACCUUUGAUAACAUAUGUAAGAUCUCUUUUGGUCUUGAUCCCUGCUGUUUAGAAUUGACUCAGCCUAUUUCCGAGUUCGCUCAAGCCUUCGACAGAGCCUCGCAUCUGUGCGCAGGUCGGGCCGUCGUUGCACCCUCUCUUAUCUGGAAAAUUAAGAAGUUCCUGAACUUGGGAUCAGAGAGAAGCUUGAGAGAGGCAAUUAACAUGGUUGAUUUGAUGGCAAUUGAGGUCAUUAGACAGAGAAAGGUAGUGGGGUCUGAAGCGAGUGACCUUCUCUCUAGGUUUAUGACUACUGUGAGUGAUGAUAAGUUUCUGAGAGAUAUAAUAGUGAGCUUUUUGCUUGCUGGGAGAGAUACAGUGGCUUCAGCUCUGACGAGUUUCUUCUGGCUCAUGGCGAAGCACCCUGAGGUGGAGGAAAAGGUGCAUGAUGAGAUAGUGAGGGUCAUGGGGAAAGGGAGAAAGGAAGUGAUUGCAUCGUAUGGGAAACUGAGGGAGAUGCACUAUCUCCAUGCUGCUCUAUCAGAGAGCAUGAGGCUUUAUCCACCAGUGCAAUUCGACUCAAAAUUUGCAGAAAAAGACGAUAUAUUACCAGACGGGACUGUGGUAAAGAAGGGGACUAGGGUUACUUAUCAUCCAUACGCCAUGGGGCGCAUGGAAAGCAUAUGGGGAAAAGAUUGCAUGGAGUUUAACCCUGAAAGGUGGCUCGAAAAUGGGUUUUUUGUACCUGAAAACCCAUUCAAAUACCCAGUUUUUCAAGCUGGUUUAAGGGUCUGUUUGGGGAAAGAGAUGGCUUUUUUACAGAUGAAGAGUGUGGUGGCUUCUGUGGUCUACAAACACAAGCUGGUGUUGGUCAAUCCGGAUUAUACUCCAAGGUUCGUGACUAGCCUUACUGCCAAUGUUAGUGGUGGACUAGAGGUUUUCGUGGAGUCGAGAUCAUAGUUACUCUUAUAGUAGAGUAUAGAAGAAACAGUAUGAGGACAUGUAAAAACUCAAUCUCAUUUUCUAUUCUUUCUCUUGUGUUUGUUUUAUGAGGGGUUUUGGCCCUUUUGUUUGCUUAAUCUCUCUCUGAACCUUGAUUCUUUUGCCCCUCCCUCCUCUCUCUCUCUCUUCAAGACCUCUCUCUCUCUUCAAGACCUCUCUCUCUCUAUAUAUAUAUCUCUCUCAAAAUUUCUCUCUCUCUGUCAAAUAUUUUAUUCAAUAAGAUUUUCUCUCGCCCUUCUCAAUCUUGACUUUAAUUUCUUUCCAUUAUUGUCAUGUGCUCUCUCUCUUUCUCUCUAUUUUGGGCUAGGGCAUAUCCUCUAUGUUUGGGUUAUACGAUAAGAUGUGCUGUUUUGUUUUGUACACCCUCUCACACAAACCUUGUGCAGUCUACAAUAUUUUUAAUGUUUAUGCAUCCUAAUAUACAUAAAAUGUCAUGUAUCUUUUAUAAGUAAACUCUCUCUAAGUCUUCAACUCUUUUAUUGCUUAACACACACACACUCUCUCUCUCUCUCUCU